AUGCCAUCCCCUUCUCCCAGGUUCCAUCCCCUUUUCCCAGAUUCCAUCCCUUUGUCCCUCAUUCCAUCCCCUUCUCCCAGAUUCCAUCCCCUUCUCCCCGAUUCCAUCCUCUUCUCCCAGAUUCCAUUCCCUUCUCCCAGAUUCCAUCCCCUUGUCCCAAAUUCCAUCCCCUUGUCCCAGAUUCCAUCCCCUUCUCCCACAUUCCAUCCCCUUCUCCCUGAUUCCAUCCCCUUCUCCCAGAUUCCAUCCCCUUCUCCUAAAUUCCAUCCCCUUCUCCCAGAUUCCAUCCCUUUCUCCCCGAUUCCAUCCCCUUCUCCCUCAUUCCAUCCCCUUCUCCGAGAUUCCAUCCCCUUCUCCCUGAUUCCAUCUCCUUCUCCCAGAUUCCAUCCCCUUCUCCCAGAUUCCAUCCCCUUCUCCCAGAUUCCUUCCCCUUCUCCCAAAUUCGAUCCCCUUCUCCCAGAUUCCAUCCCCUUCUCCCAGAGUCCAACCCCUUCUCCCAGAUUCCAUCCCCUUCUCCCUGAUUCCAUCCUCUUCUCCCAGAUUCCAUCACCUUCUCCCAGAUUCUAUCUCUUCUCCCCGAUUCCAUCACCUUCUCCCAUAUUUCAUCCCCUUCUCCCAGAUUCCAUCCUCUUCUCCCAGAUUCCAUCCCCUUCUCCCAGAUUCCAUCCCCUUCUCCCAGAUUCCAUCCCUUUCUAUUCCAUCCCCUUCUCCCAGAUUCCAUCCCCUUCUCCUAGAUUCCAUCCCCUUCUCCCAAAUUCCAUCCCCUUCUCCCAGAUGCCAUCCCCUUCUCCCAGGUUCCAUCCCCUUUUCCCAGAUUCCAUCCCUUUGUCCCUCAUUCCAUCCCCUUCUCCCAGAUUCCAUCCCCUUCUCCCCGAUUCCAUCCUCUUCUCCCAGAUUCCAUUCCCUUCUCCCAGAUUCCAUCCCCUUGUCCCAAAUUCCAUCCCCUUGUCCCAGAUUCCAUCCCCUUCUCCCACAUUCCAUCCCCUUCUCCCUGAUUCCAUCCCCUUCUCCCAGAUUCCAUCCCCUUCUCCUAAAUUCCAUCCCCUUCUCCCAGAUUCCAUCCCUUUCUCCCCGAUUCCAUCCCCUUCUCCCUCAUUCCAUCCCCUUCUCCGAGAUUCCAUCCCCUUCUCCCUGAUUCCAUCUCCUUCUCCCAGAUUCCAUCCCCUUCUCCCAGAUUCCAUCCCCUUCUCCCAGAUUCCUUCCCCUUCUCCCAAAUUCGAUCCCCUUCUCCCAGAUUCCAUCCCCUUCUCCCAGAGUCCAACCCCUUCUCCCAGAUUCCAUCCCCUUCUCCCUGAUUCCAUCCUCUUCUCCCAGAUUCCAUCACCUUCUCCCAGAUUCUAUCUCUUCUCCCCGAUUCCAUCACCUUCUCCCAUAUUUCAUCCCCUUCUCCCAGAUUCCAUCCUCUUCUCCCAGAUUCCAUCCCCUUCUCCCAGAUUCCAUCCCCUUCUCCCAGAUUCCAUCCCUUUCUAUUCCAUCCCCUUCUCCCAGAUUCCAUCCCCUUCUCCUAAAUUCCAUCCCCUUCUCCCAGAUUCCAUCCCUUUCUCCCCGAUUCCAUCCCCUUCUCCCUCAUUCCAUCCCCUUCUCCGAGAUUCCAUCCCCUUCUCCCAGAUUCCAUCUCCUUCUCCCAGAUUCCAUCCCCUUCUCCCAGAUUCCAUCCCCUUCUCCCAGAUUCCUUCCCCUUCUCCCAAAUUCGAUCCCCUUCUCCCAGAUUCCAUCCCCUUCUCCCAGAGUCCAACCCCUUCUCCCAGAUUCCAUCCCCUUCUCCCUGAUUCCAUCCUCUUCUCCCAGAUUCCAUCACCUUCUCCCAGAUUCUAUCUCUUCUCCCCGAUUCCAUCACCUUCUCCCAUAUUUCAUCCCCUUCUCCCAGAUUCCAUCCUCUUCUCCCAGAUUCCAUCCCCUUCUCCCAGAUUCCAUCCCCUUCUCCCAGAUUCCAUCCCCUUCUAUUCCAUCCCCUUCUCCCGGAAUCCAUCCCCUUCUCCCAGAUUCCAUCCCCUUCUCCCGGAUUCCAUCCCCUUCUCCCUGAUUCCACCCCCUUCUCCCAGAUUCCAUCCCCUUCUCCCGGACUCCAUCCUCUUCUCUUUGAUUCCAUCCCCUUCUCCUAGAUUCCAUCCCCUUCUCCCAGAUUCCAUCCCCUUCUCCCAGAUUCCAUCCCCUUCAUCCAGAUACCAUCCCCUUCUCCCAGAUUCCAUCCCCUUAUCCCAGAUUCCAUCUCUUCUCCCAGAUUCUAUCCCCUUCUCCCAGAUUCCAUCCCCUUCUCCCAGAUUCCACCCCCUUCUCCCAGAUUCCAUCCCCUUCUCCCAGAUUCCAUCCCCUUCUCCCAGAUUUCAUCCCCUUCUCCCAGAUUCCAUCCUCUUCUCCCAGAUUCCAUCCCCUUCUCCCAGAUUCCAUCCCCUUCUCCCGGAUUCCAUCCCCUUCUCCCAGAUUCCAUCCCCUUCUCCCGGAUUCCAUCCCCUUCUCCCUGAUUCCACCCCCUUCUCCCAGAUUCCAUCCCCUUCUCCCGGACUCCAUCCCCUUCUCCCUGAUUCCUUCCCCUUCUCCCAGAUUCCAUCCCCUUCUCCCAAAUUCCAUCCCCUUCUCCCAUAUUCCGUCCCCUUCACCCAGAUUCCAUCCCCUUCUCCCAGAUUCCAUCCCCUUCUCCCAGAUUCCAUCCCCUUCUCCCAGAUUCCAUCCCCUUCUCCCAUUCCAUCCCCUUCUCCCAGAUUCCAUCCCCUUUUCCCAAAUUCCAUCCCCUUCUCCCAGAUUCCAUCCCCUUCUCCAGAUUCCAUCCCCUUCUCCCAAAUUCUAUCCUCUUCUCCCUGA